AAAAAACGAAUCACACAACAAAUAUAUAUAAUACAUAAUUAUGUAAACAUUUAAUAACCAAUUAUCAAAAUAGUAUUUAAAAUAUUGAGAUAUAUGACAUAAUGAUAUGUUGCUAUUAUAUAUUAUAAAACAGAAUGCUGCCUUGCUACAGGUAGCUAUGCUAAUGUGAAUAAUAACAAGUACGUGUACGAAGCACCGUUUAUUAAUUUACUUUAAUUUUUAUUAACGAGUAUGAGGAAGAUAUCUGGCGACACGAAAAUGACGAUAAGGCUACUGAUUUUUAUAGAAAAACACUUGAAUAGUACAAAAUAUCUUCAAAAGUUGGGUUAGCUUUACACCUCGGGUCGUAAAUAUACUCAGAUAGACCUUAAUCGAUCGGGACCCUGGCCGCGAGAACGGGGUGAUUGGUGUUCGUGUUUGCACACUUCGCCCGGACCGUUGCGCGCUAUUGAUCUUCGUCAAUACAGUGAGCUGUGGGCGAGACGGGUGUGAUAUCAUUAUCAGAAGCGGUACUCGGCCCCUUCGCGGUGCGCUUAUGGAGAGCGGCUGCAGGAUACCAGCGCUCACGACUUGCGCAAUAGCCAAUCUCGUAUGCGCAGACGAUCGUGGUCCAGUGCUCAGUUGUUUCAGAACAAUCGAUGCGUUUUGUGUACUUCGAGUUUUAAGCCAAUAGGGUGUGUCCGUAAUUUACACUUCGCUCUCUAUCGCCGUCGUUUAGCACGUCCACUCGCAAUUUAUUUACCUUCUGUAAGUGCUACGAUGGGUGGCAUAUGGAGUGCACUGAAAGUGAAGAGAAUCAACUUGUGCGGUGGAGUUUCAAAUCGCCAACCAACUGAUAUUGAGCAAUCGGACCAACUGUUGUUGAUGCCCAGUUUGUGGAUGGAUAACGACGCGUUAUACGACAGAGUGAACACUUACAAAGAUAAAUUUCAGGAUAGGGAUUGUGUGGAAAUACUGUGGACGUUAACCAAGUUCAUCCCUUGUCAGGUGAAAAAUUGUAAAUGUAAAGGAGGUUCUUUUAUUGGAGUUAUGUGUGACUCUUAUGGUUGGAAAGACAAUAUUUGCGUCAAAUCUAGUUGUCGUCAUUUACAAUCUGAUCAUAUGUUAGAUCUGUUCAGUGCAUCAACAAUGGAAUUUACUUUUUUAACAACAUUGGUAUUUGAUAUCAUUAAUAUAAAAGGAACUUUAGAACAUGAGUCAAAAAAAACCAAGUGUGAUAGAAAUCUGGUAUUAGAAAAUAUUUUGAUUUUAAUUCAUCGUGAAAUAAAAAAUUGUAUUCGUCUUCAUUCAUUCAUGUCAUUUAAUAUUGAAACAAUUUAUGGAUCUCCGCCGUUUGAAAAGACUAACAUAGAACAAAUUUUAUUGAACUUUUGCUUAUUUGUAUAUGGAAAAGAUGUUAAAGAACUAAAACGUUUUCUUAUAAUUUCCAAAUUUGUUAUAAGAUAUUUUGAUUCAUGGAUAUGGCCUACCAAAGAAUUUACUGUUCUUAAUUCAAAUCAAUAUACAAAAAGUUAUGAAUAUUACUAUCAAAGAUAUAUGAUGUAUUGUUAUCUUCCUAGAUGUAUACAUUCAAUUUCAAAACGGUACAGAACAAGUAUGAUAUUUGGACAAGAUGUAUUGAGGUAUACAUUGCCAUUAUUUAGAAAUAAUUUACAGACUUGGUGUUUUAAGGAGAGUAAUAAAUGGUCAAGUCUUACAAAAUUCUAUUGCCUGGAUUAUUUGCCUAUCUAUUUGGAUGCAUUGGAACAACAAUUAUAUGCUGAUAAAUCACCAAUAUGGGACAAGCAUUAUGAACUUUCUCAUUAUAAAAAUAAAUUGGACAGUGCUAAGUAAUAUAAUUUAAAUGAAAAAUAAGAUAUGAAAAUCAAAGAAGAAAAGCAACGUGGAAUAAUUAGUAUCUAUUGUCAAUGUUCUCAUCCUUUAGUUAUUUUUAGCUUAGAAAUACGUG